UUUCUUUGUUUUGUUCAGAUGUUUCGCAAAACACUCAUUGUUGGGUGGUAUUUAACUGGGUGGUACAGCGAGAAAAGUGCAUAAAUGCAACGGGAAGCGACUGACAGAUAAACUUGAUUUUCCUUUUUCGUGGUUUCGUGCAUGAAUCACCCCAAAAUCUGAAUCGAUCAAAACAGAAACUUUUUGCAUCAAUCAAAUCAAAAUUUCCCCUACUUUAUAGGGGAAAGUUUAGUGGAUAGUAGGUGCAUAACAGUGCGAACAAAAAAUCGAACCAGUUCUUUUAAAUUAUUUUUUGGAAGUUAUUUUAUAAGAACUGUUCAUUGGUUGUUAAAGAAACGAAUUUUGUUUUCCCCUUGAAUCAGAAAUGUCACUACGAACAAAUCUGAUGAAUGCUGAAUCCUCCCAAAUGGGAAUUGUGGAACCACAGGAACGUCUGAAGCUACUAGCAUCUAUAAGCAACAGCGUGGAGGUUGACCCCAAUGCCCCAAUAAUAAGAUAUUACAGAUCCGGGUUAGAAAUGGUUCGCAUGGCCAAUGUUUAUCUUCAAGAGGGAAACAUCGACGCAGCUUACAUAUUGUAUAUAAGAUUCAUCACCUUAUUCGUUGAGAAACUUCUGACUCAUCCCCAGUAUAAGACUGUUUCCUCCGAAAUCAAAAUGCAAAACAAGAAAAAGCUGAAAGAAGUUCUCCCGAUUGCUGAAAAGCUGAAGGUGAAACUAAAGGAAAAGUACACUAGAGAGUAUCAGCAAUUUUUGGAAGCCAAAAGUUUAGAGAAGGAACUCGAAGAUAAGCGACAACGAGAAGCGAGAGAAAAUGCUAAAGCGGCAGCUAUAACCCCUUCCGUAAAUAAACCGGAGCCAAGUGCUCCUGCUCUGCCGACAUCCCUGCUAGUCGAUCCUGAUAUGCUGGAUCGUGUUCUCUAUCCAAAUGAUUUCCCAACAGAUCCAAAUCGUUCGUCCGGCGUUGGUUUGCUGCUGCCGGAUACAAAACCUUUUCCGAAACCAGCUUUUGAUCGUACCCUCAAACCGUCGCCCACGUCAGUGCAGGCCGGAAGCCUGCGAUCUGUGAUAGUUCCCACGAACACGAUGGCCAAAUUCCUCGCGCUCGCGUCGAAAAACACGCUGAGCAAUGUGGAAACUUGCGGAAUCCUGGCAGGGCGAUUGACCCAGAACAAGCUGCUGAUUACGCACGUCAUUGUCCCGAAGCAGCGCGGCACCUCGGACAGCUGCACGACGAUGAACGAGGAGGACAUCUUCAACUACCAGGAUCAGCACAAUCUGAUUACGCUCGGGUGGAUCCAUACGCAUCCCAGUCAAACGGCGUUCCUAUCCUCGGUGGAUUUGCACACGCACUGCUCUUACCAAAUGAUGCUGGAGGAAGCGAUCGCCAUCGUGUGCUCGCCCAAGUUUCAAGAGACUGGCUUUUUCUGUCUAACACCUAACUAUGGGCUGGAUUACAUUUCACAGUGUCGGUUAACGGGAUUUCAUCCGCAUCCUGCGGAUCCCCCUUUAUUUAUGGAAGCCCCGCAUAUUCUGCUAGAGGACACGGUUAAAAUUGAGGUCGUUGACCUGCGGUAGACCUAAAAGCCGUUGCAACAGAGGAUAUAACUUGAAGAAUUUCACACAAAACAUUCGCAUACCUUUGUUAGAUUACCAGUGUUCGAUAGUGUAUAAUAGACUCUAAAAAUCAAACGGAUUGUGCAUGAAACGCUUUAUUUCCUUGAACGAUUUUUUGCAUUAUAGUGAGAAGAAAAAAAACUGCAUUAUUUUCUGCAUUGAGUUUAAAUGGAAAGAUUAUAUUUACAGACGAGAGUGUAUUUAUUGUAGAGUUAGAACGACGAUAACUAUGUAAAGAGUAGAAAUUAUAAUUCCCUAUUAGGUAAUAUAAACUCAUAUCGGCUUUUCGUUAGAUAAAAAAUAGAUGUAUAAAAAGAUCAAAAUUUCAAAUUAUUAAAUGCUUUAAAUAAAAGUGCACAUUCUAUACCGUUCUUGCAGAGAUUUAGAAAAGAGUUUUCAAUAGUGUGAAUCUUUUUUUUAUCCAGGCGAAUUUUUGUCAUGUUUUUUUAGUUUUGUUGCUCUAUUUCUAAA